UUGGAUUUGCAUCAUCCUGUGGUAUCGAAUGAGUAUGGGAACGGGUUGCCAAUCGAGAGUGCUUGGAUAGGGACGAGGGAUUAUAGUGCACAAUUGGUGAUUCCGGAGGUAGUGGAGUUUGUGAACAGGUUUGAAGGCGGGAUUGAGGGAAUUAGGAGAAGGAACCAUGAUAAGGUUGUUGAAAUGGCGGAGAUGUUGGUGAAGGCGUGGGGGACGAAAUUGGGGACGCCAUCAGAAAUGUGUUCGAGUAUGGCCAUGGUUGGAAUGCCUGCAUGUUUAGGGGUUUCUAGUGAUUCGGAUGCUUUGAAGUUGAGGACUUAUUUGAGGGUUUCGUUCAAGGUUGAGGUUCCGAUAUAUUACAGGGCGCCAUUGGAAGGGGAGGUAAAUCCGAUAACAGGUUAUGCUAGGAUCUCCCAUCAAGUUUACAAUACCAUCGAGGAUUAUUAUAGGUUUCGAGAUGCCAUUAUCAAGCUUGUGAACGAUGGUUUCACUUGUGCAGUUCUCUCGAAUUGACUAGGUGAUUCUCUCUUUCAAUGGAAUAAAAUGUCUUUUUCCAACUCUUUACUGAUUGGAAAUUAUUGUUGUAUUGUGAA